UUCAGUCAAUCCAGAUGGUAUGGUGUCAGAAAUAGCCGCUUGUCUCCAUGUGUUUGGAGCUGACAGAAGGAUUCCUUUGAUGUGAUUCCUCGUUUACUUUCAUAACACCGAUACUAUUAGAGUCACUUCAUACAUGAAACACAAACGCUCGGAUAAUACAUUAGCUUGUAAGCAUGUCUCACAGAAAGAAGAAAUCCUUCAUCAAUAAGAAGAACGCAGUGUGCUUCCACCUGGUGCACAGAAGUCAGAAAGAUCGGCUCGCUGCAGACGAGACGGCACCUCGGCAUGUCCUUCUGCCCGCCGCCAAGGUGGAGGUGGAGAAGAGGAAACAGGACCAGUGCAAGUUCGGAGUGUUUUUUGAUGAUGACUACAAUUACCUGCAGCUCCUGAGAGAGGCGUCCCAGCCCGCAGAGCUGGUCUCUGCUCCUCGCUUGCGCAGAGACGCACAACAAAACCUGCAGAAGAUGAAGAGGAUGUCAGCGUCCCUAUACAUGCAGACGGCCUCCAUCAACCUGCCCUCGUCUGUGUUCACAUCUGAGUUUGAAGAGGAAGUGGGUUUAUUAAACAAAGCAGCUCCUGUUUCAGGAGAGAUCAGAAUCUGUCCUGCUCAUGCGUCUGUGCUCACAAACCUGCAGAACAGAUUUUAUUUCAGAUCAUACCUCAUUAGCUAUUCUCUGGACAUGUUCGUGGAUGGCAGCAGCUUCUACGAGGGUGACACACGCUACACGGGGUGGGCGGUAGUAGAGGGGAAGACGGGCGAGGUCUUGGCUGAGGGGUCGCUUCGGGGAGAAAGUGCUCAGAUAGCUGAAUUGCAUGCUUUGAAAGCUGCCUUAAAUCUGGCUCUUAAACUGACUGCAGGUACAUACUCCAACCUCUACAACUGGCCCAAACUGAUCCAGGACCCUCCAAAGAUCCGAGUGUCAGAUAAGACAAGGAUUCCUCUGGACGUCCUGCCGAAACGAGGCCUGACGGCCAAACAGGUGGAGAGGAUGGAGAGGAUCAACGACUCGGACCUGCCCCGAACCUCCACGCAGCCCCGCUCACAGGACGAGAGCGCAGAGGAGAGGAGAGCCAGGAAACAGGCCAUCAAGAUGGAGAGGAAGGAGAGGAGGUUGGCGAAGAAAGCAAACAAACUGGCAUUCAAACAGGAGAAACAGAUGGUCAAUUUAAGGGCAAACGUUCAGGGCCUGAAGCUGUCGUAGGACAGCAGAGACGCUCCAGAGACUGUCGACAUCACGGUGUUUCCAACACCAGCAGAGACUGGUUACACUGGUUUCACAGGUUACACUGUUGCAGUACGUGAUGACAUCAUUUUCCUUACCAGAACUUCCAUGUUUGUUUGACUCAUACAAGUUCUUGAAUGAAUGUUUUGAAUGGUGUUGCCAUGGAAACAUCAUAACAAAUGGAAUCUUUAGAAACUGUUCUAUUUAUGUUUGACUGUUUGAAGGUAAACAGGUCAACAUGAGCUCACUUCUUAAUGACUCAGUCAGCAGCGUUUUUUGUACAAAAAUAUAUUAAAACAUUUUCAAUCAGUUACAUUUAAAAAAAAAUAAAAUAAAUAAACGCACAAGUAUCAUUUUUCCAUAGAAUUCCAUUAAGCUUUUAAUAAAAACACAAUAUGAAAAAAAGGUCACAUUUUUACCAGUGGCACAACAUUGAACUUAAUGCAAACUAUCUCUUGUCCUCUCCCAUCAUUGUUAUGCAAAGUGCACAAAUGCCGUUCACAGGAUUUGAACAAUAAACAACUUUGAACUCAAAAGUUCCUGUUUUCAUCAUGGAGUGAGCAGGCUGAAGAUCUGCUACAUGACCAUGUGCUCUGUGUUUACAUCGUGUCAGAAUUACAGCCAUUAUGAGUCUCUGAGUUGACAAAAACCUUCACGUCUUUGUUAGAAAUUGUAAUUGAAAACUGGUUUAUAAAAGCUCUGACACUACACAAAAACAACCAACAUGACAGCAUGUUUUUGAAAAAAAAAAAAAAGUCUUUCAACAAAGCUGCAUAUGAUCAAAAA